UUCCUGUGCGUUGGAACCUGCUUGCGCAUCGCACGCAAGCCGUCCUGACCCCCGGCCGAGACGGCGACAGGGGAUGUGCGAAUCGCACCUCAUCUAACGGGCAGCGGCCGGACAGGCUGCCGCCACCCGCCACAGCCAGCAAGCGGCGAGGAAGAGGACGACGCGGCCCGCCAAGCUCCCCCCCGGGGGAAGGAACAGGGAGGCCGCGUCCUCCGGCCGGCGCGUGGUGGGAGUUGGAUGGAGAGGGCCGCCGCCGCGGCGCUCGGCUGCGCCCUCCGCUCCCCUUCUCCCUCCCCGUCGCCGCUCCUCCGCUGCCCCCGCCGCGGCCCGCCCGGGCCUCCCCGCCCCCUUCUGCCGCCCGCGCUCCGCUUCAGGCCUCUAGACAUGAAGAAGGGGCAGAGUAGCAACUCGCUUAAGACCUUCAGCUCAUCUGGACACUCAGGGGUCAGACAGAACAAUGACGAUUUAGUUAACGGCAAGCUCCUAAUAGAUUGUGGAGAAGAUCAAGAUUGUGUGCUCGGUGGCAUAGUUGCGCUGGGAAAGUUUGAUGCCCUUCACAUUGGCCAUCGGGAAUUGGCAAUGCAUGCUUCUAAAGCAGGGACUCCUUUUCUUCUUUCUUUUGUGGGAAUGGCCGAAGUACUUGGCUGGACAUAUAGGCCUCCUAUAGUUGCUCAGUGUGAUCGCAAGCGAGUCCUUUCAUCUUGGGCUCCAUACUGUAGGAAUGUCAUACCUCUUGAAUACCAAGUUGAGUUUUCAAAGGUUCGGUCCCUAUCUCCACGGCAAUUUGUUGAAAGGUUGUCAAAGGAUCUUAGAAUAAAAGGUGUCGUGGCAGGUGAAAAUUACAGAUUUGGUUAUAAAGCAUCAGGUGAUGCAGCUGAGUUAGUUAAACUAUGUGAGGAAUUUGGUUUAAGCGCAUUCAUUGUACGCUCUGUUAUGGACACAGCAAAAAGAUCUCAUAAUGGAGCUGCAGCUGCUAUAAAUUCAAGUGAUAAAGGACAGGUCUCUUCCAGCCGUGUCCGCCAUGCAUUGGCUAUGGGUGACAUGGAAUAUGUCUCCGAAUUACUAGGGAGGAAACACCGUCUUGUGCUAAUGGUUGACCAAAAGUGCCUUCAUGAAAGGAAAAAGAUUGUACUCCCUAAUUCCUGCAUGUUGAACAUGCCACCAGCUGAAGGUCUGUAUGAAAACUGCAACCUUGUUAAUGGACAGUAUCUUGGACCAUGUAGAGUGAUCAUCAACUCUGACACCAUCGUCAUUGAGAUGAAAGAUGAGAACAGUUUGUCUCCCAAUCCUAUUCAAGAAGUCGGGCAAUUAGGCAUUGAGUUUGGAUAAAGUUAAGUAAAUUUGUGCUCUAUUGGUAGGAGGCCAUCCUUUUACAUUUGCCCUUUUUUGGAGAUUGUUGCCAAAAGGAGAAGACAUUGGUAGAAAUAUUGCAAGGGAAGUCAAAGACUGUGUUCAAGUAUGCAGUUUGCCUCACCAUGAUUGAAUUCAGGAGCAUCUUUGUAGUCUCACAAGAAUGCUUAGCAUCUUUGUAGUCUCACAAGAAUGCUUUCUUUCAGAAAAGUCGAGAUCAGUCCAAGCUUACCAUACAAAGGAGGACUGUGGGGUCAAAGUGACUUUUGAUCUGACAAGCAGCAUCCAUCGAAUCAAAUGCUGGGAAGGGGCUUAUACAUUGUAGUUUUAGUUCAAACAUUGGUAGGGAGCAUGGUUGGUCAUUUGUCAACAUAUCUGUCAUUACUUGAAUGUUUAGUUGUUAGAAUUAGAACUUUUCUGAUAAAGAACAUUUGAGACCUCUCCAGAUUUCUUUUGUACGAACUUGCAGCUGUUCUUUUGGCUGCUGCUAGCAUGUAGAAACACUAUUUGUUAGACAUGCUUAACACCUGGAGACUAAAGAGACUUUUUUCUAUUAAUUUUUUUGGGGUGCACAUUUGAAGAUACUGGCAA